CAGUCCAGGCUUGUCAGAGACUACAAUUCCCAUCAUUCCCCGGUGCUGGGCGGAGCCUCCUCUGGACGGCAGCUCGUUGAGGAGGAGGGCGGUGGCGGGAGCUGCGCGCUCGUCGGGACCUUUCAGAGCGGACCUCGUGAGCGGUUUCAGUUGUGUAAGCAUUCAGGAUGGACGAGAAGCAGAUUUGGGAACAGAUUGGCUGUAGCUUUGUACAUCAUUAUUAUCAGCUUUUUGACAGUGAUAGAACGCAAUUAAAAGCAAUAUAUACUGAUGCCUCAUGUCUAACUUGGGAAGGCCAGCAAUAUCAAGGCAAAGAUGCAAUUAUUGAGAAGUUGUCAAUGCUUCCUUUUCAGAAGAUCCAACAUAGCAUUACUUCGCAAGACCAUCAGCCAACACCUGACAACUGUAUUGUCAGUAUGGUUGUAGGUCAGCUCAAGGCGGAUGAUGACCCCGUUAUUGGAUUUCAUCAAAUGUUUCUACUAAAGAACGUACAAGAUGCCUGGGUCUGUACAAAUGACAUGUUCCGGCUAGCACUGCAUAACUUCGGUUGAAUUGCCUCAAGAGGAGACAGGAUAAUACUACUCUGCCCUUCAAUUUUUUCUUGUUUCCUUUUUCUUUUGCAUUUACGAAGGAUUCUCCAUAUCCACAGAACAGUCAAAACACAAUACACUGUUUAGCAAUUGAAAGCUAUUACACCUGGGCAAGAAAGUAUUAAGCCUGAUGCAGCCUAGUGAUUGAAGUGGCUAAUGAUUGUGUACUAGCCAUAUACGUGUGACUUUUGGAGUUGUUUUGCAUUUAACAGUUUUCAGGCAUUUGGCUUUUGAAUUGGAUUGCUUUUUAUGUAAACUCAUUUAUCUAGUGAUCCAAAGAAAUUGGAAAUAAAAGAAAAAGGCCCCCUUGA